AGCAGUUGCACCUUGAAAUCCCCGUUCUUAGUCUGGACCCCAGCCUUCCUGGGGCCUAUCUACCUUCCGUGAGAGGAACUUCGUAUUUCGACCUCGGCUGCCGACCUGAGCGGCUUCCGACACGACCUGUGACGAUGCCGCCGACACAAUCUACUUAUUUGCAUACUCAGUCCUGCCCGUGGGUUCGCCUCUUGAGAUCUUGAAGGUCGCGCUGGAUAUCUGGGGCCCAACUUGAAGUUCAAGAUCAAUUCUAUCGUGUAACCCGCACUAGUUCGUCUGAGCUGACCGCAGUCUAUUGGUCGACAGGUCGCGUCCGGAUCCGAGACACCGGGCUCUGACGGGGGAAGCCACACGAUGACGGGCUGGAUAGGCCUUUGUUCUUGAAGGUCAGUCCAAGUCAUCGAAUGGGCGCUUGACUAUCUGUAGGUCACGUAAGAUUAGUCAUAGAGAUUGGGUCAAACAGUUAUACGCAGAUGGACGCAGCCGCACGAGACCCCAGAAAUAAUUGGCGGUAUAAGAAAUCAUUGUUCAAUUUGAAAUCUCUAUCCCCGAUGCAACUGUGGGGGUUCAAAAGCGACAUUCAACGCGAAUCAAUCCCUGUUGCCCAUUUGGAGCAUUUCAAUUGAAUGACGACACUACCCAGCCACAAAUCACAUCAUAUGUCACUUCUGAUGGCAUUUACGCAAUAAGGAAACUCGCUUUGAGAGCAGAAGUCUGUGACGGCCAGCUAGGCUCCUGGGCUCUCCCUCCAUUUGACAACCUCGCUGUUGGGAUCAGCUGAGAGGACCGAGAUUUGUCAUCGGCACUGUACGCGCAAUCGCGUUGCCGCAGGUAAUCCUGGCCGCAUCUCUCAAUCGAUGGUCGCUUGACGUCACUCCCGAAAUGAAAACCAUAUAAAAGUGCGUCUCUCCAUUCCCUGCUACUGUAUAUUCCCUCAUCGCGUCCAACCCAACGUAUCGCUAAAAUGUCUUUCUGGGCCCCCCCUCCUCAGCCAGCCACUAAGCUCGGUAUCUAUCGCACUCUCUCGGCCAGAGCUGGUGUGCAUGUCUCGCCGCUGCAGCUCGGCGCAAUGAGCAUCGGCGACCAGUGGGAGAAGAUGGGUAUGGGAUCUAUGGACAAGGCGUCCAGCUUCAAGCUCCUCGACGCGUAUUUCGACGCGGGCGGAAACUUUAUCGACACUGCGAACGGCUACCAGGAUGAGACCUCUGAAAUGUUCAUCGGCGAGUGGGCCGAGAAGCGCGGUAUCCGCGACCAGCUGGUCAUUGCUACCAAGUACACCACCGGCUUCAAAGUGCGCCAGGACAACUUCCCGCAGAAGGUCAACUACGUCGGCAACAACGUCAAGUCCAUGCACCUCAGCGUGAAUGCCAGUCUCAAGAAGCUGCGUACCGACUACAUCGACAUCCUGUACAUGCACUGGUGGGACUGGGACACCAGCAUCGAGGAGGUCAUGGACGGGCUGCACAACCUCGUCGUGCAGGGCAAAGUCCUCUACCUCGGCGUCUCGGACACGCCUUCCUGGGUUGUCGCGCAGGCCAACCAGUACGCCCGCGACCACGGCAAGUCGCAGUUCGUGAUCUACCAGGGUGCAUGGAACGUGAUGGCCCGUUCGUUCGAGCGCGAGAUCAUUCCCAUGGCUCGGGCUUACGGGAUGGCUCUAGCUCCGUGGAACGUGCUGGCCGCUGGUAAGCUGCGCACUGAUGCCGAAGAAGAGGCGCGCCGGACUUCGGGGGAGAAGGGCCGUAUGAUCUUUGGACCCGACUGGGAGCGGAACGAGGAUGAAAAGAAGAUGUCUGCUGCCCUCGAGAAGGUAGCUGGUGAAGUUGGAGCGAAGCAUAUCACCUCUGUCGCCAUCGCGUACUUGAUGCAAAAAGUUCCCUACGUCUUCCCCAUCAUCGGCGGUCGCAAAGUCGAGCACCUUUUGGCCAAUGUUGAGUUGACGUCGUCUUGACUGAGGAGCACAUCGCCUAUCUCGAGAGCAUCCUUCCUUUCGACCCUGGCUUCCCCAGCACCAUGAUUGGAAAUGGAUUGAAGCACAGCAAUCUCAUGACCUCCGUCACACACUUCGAUCGCUUGCCCAUCCCCCAGCCUAUUCGCCACGGAAAGUAGUAGAUUUACUGGAAGGAGUCUGCACAAACCUCAAUGUAAUAUGUAUCAGUCUAGCCGAUUGUGCGUCGUCGAUCUGAUCGAUUUGAGCGAG